CGCCUGCCUGGCGGCGGCGGCAGCAAUGCACGGAGCCGCCCGCGCUCCGGCCACCAGCGUGAGUGCCGACUGCUGCAUCCCAGCCGGCCUGCGCCUCGGGCCGGUGCCCGGAACCUUCAAGCUGGGCAAGUACCUGUCAGAUCGCAGGGAACCCGGGCCCAAGAAAAAGGUAUUAGCCAGUCCGACCUCCGCUCUCUGCCACUCGUUCGUGCGCAUGGUGAGAGGGGAGCUGGUGGACGAGUCGGGGGGCUCCCCCCUGGAGUGGAUAGGGUUAAUCCGGGCAGCCAGGAACCCCCAGGAACAGACUCUGGAAGCUAUUGCAGACUUACCCGGAGGACAGAUCUUCUAUCGGGCACUGAGAGACGUCCAGCCAGGGGAGGAGCUGACCGUGUGGUAUUCCAACUCCUUGGCGCAGUGGUUCGACAUACCCAUCAUUGCUACUCCAACGCACGACGAGAAAGGGGAGGAGCGCUACAUUUGCUGGUACUGCUGGAGGACGUUUAGAUAUCCCAACAGCCUUAAAGCACAUCUACGUUUCCACUGCGUGCUCAGCAGCGGCGGGGGCCGCACCUACCUGCACCACGAGCACGCGGCUCGCCAAGGCGCUGCCCCGGCCGCGGAUGGCCUCCGCCUUUCCCCGAAACCCCCGGCAUCAGAUUUCGCUGCGGCCGCCCCGGCGAGCACUCUUCGACCGCACCCGCAGGUCCCACCGGUCCCUCAGGCUUGCGGAGCGCGGGAGAGCAUCAAGCGCGAGGCCUCCUCCGCGCCCUCCGCCACGUCACCGACCCUGGCCAAGUGGGGGCCGUCCAAGAAGGGAAAGGAGCAGCCGGACCGCGCUCUGGACAUGAGUGGUCCCGCCCGAGGACACGGCCACUUCCUUGGCAUCGUGGGCGGUUCCCCAGCGGGGGGCGGCGGCCUCGCUUUCUACCCGGGCGUGCGCUCGGCUUUCAAGCCUGCUGGCUUGGCCAGGGCAGCCGCCGCCGCGCACGGCGACCCCUACCGGGACGAGGGCGGCGGCAAACCCGGGGCCGGCCUGGCUUUAAGCAGGCUGCUGGGCGGGGGACGGGCAGGCGGACACCCGAGAAGCGGGGAAAACCCGGCGGCUGGCGGCGCUGGCCACCACCAUCACCACCAUGCGCACCACCAUCACCAUCCCAAGUGCCUACUCGCGGGGGACCCGCCGCCGCCUCCUGGCCUGCCCUGCUCUGGGGCUCUGCGCGGCUUCCCUCUGCUCCCCGGGCCCCCGGAAGAGGCGUCCGCCUUCAAGCACGUGGAGCGCGCCCCGCCCGCCGCCGCCGACGUGCCAGGAGUGCGUUACGCGCAGCUGCCCCUCGAACGCUGCUCGCUGCCACCCCUCGACGCGGGCGGCCUCAAAGGCUACCCGGGUGGCGAGUGCAGCCACCUGCCGGCCGUCAUGCCGGCCUUUACCGUCUACAACGGGGAGCUCCUGUACGGCUCACCAGCCGCCGCCGCUUAUUACCCGCUCAAACUGCACUUCGGCGGGCUGCUCAAGUAUCCGGAGUCCAUCUCUUACUUUAGUGGGCCCGCGGCGGCGGCCGCUCUGAACCCGGCCGAGCUGGGCUCCCUGGCUAGCAUUGACCGAGAGAUCGCCAUGCACACGCAGCAGUUGUCGGAGAUGGCAGCCGGGAAAGGCCGCGGCCGCCUGGACGCGGGGACGCUGCCCCCGGCCGUCGUGGCGGCGGGCGGCGCCGGGGGAGGCGGCAGCGGGGGCGGCAGCGGCGCGGGCAAGCCCAAGACGGGUCACCUGUGCCUCUACUGCGGCAAGCUGUACUCGCGCAAGUACGGGCUCAAGAUCCACAUGCGGACGCACACGGGCUACAAGCCGCUCAAGUGCAAGGUGUGCCUGCGGCCCUUCGGCGACCCCAGCAAUCUCAACAAGCACAUCCGGCUGCAUGCCGAGGGCAACACGCCCUACCGCUGCGAGUUCUGCGGCAAGGUGCUGGUGCGCCGCCGGGACCUGGAGCGCCACGUCAAGUCUCGCCACCCCGGCCAGAACCUGCUCCCCAAGGCGUCCGACGGCCCGGGCCCCGAGCCUCACUACCUCCCGGAGCCGGGAGAGCCCAAGAGCGACAACGACAGCGACGUGGACGUCUGCUUCACCGACGACCAGAGCGACCCCGAGGCCGGGGGCGGUGGCGAGCGCGAAUAGUAACGAGUCUUUCAGGGAAGGCGGGGAGUGUGGGGGCGUGGACAGAGAGAAGAGGGGGUUCUGCUGUGGGAGAAGAGGAGCUGCUGAUGGUGAGAAAGACCCGGCGGACAAAACCGGUUUGGUUUUGGUCGCCCUCCA